GUCUCAAACGGACGUAAGGCUCUAUAGGUGCCGUCGCCAAAAUGCGCCUGUAAAACUCUAUCCUAGAGUAAGCUCGGCGAGCAGGCGAUUAUUUUUUGUGCCAUAUAGUUGCGUAUGAUGCGGCGUCUUCGCGGAAGCGGUUAUUUUUUUGAGCGAGAGCGCGCCGAGGCGUGCGCGCGUGAACACAAGCAAACGCGACCCCGUGUGUCGUCAGCAAGCUUGUCGCCGUGUGCUGCCCACUCGCGAGGGACGCGGAUCAAAUCCAAGACGGGGGGGGACGCGCGCCCCGUGUGCGCAGGUCUAGCGCGGACCGAGCCCCGCUGCCAUGGACGAGGCCGAGAUGGAGCGCGCGGCCGCGCUCCGCAAGAAGCGCACCUUCCGCAAGUUCCUGUUCCGCGGCGUCGAGCUCGAGAAGCUUCUCGACCUGAACCACGAGGAGUUCGCCCAGCUCAUCCACGCGCGCGCGCGCCGCCGCAUCUACCGCGGGCUCAAGGCAAAGCCCAAGCGCUUCGUAGCCAGAUUGCGCCGGGCGAAAAAGGCCUGCGGGCCCAUGGACAAGCCCGAGCCCGUGAAGACGCACCUGAGAGACAUGGUCGUCGUGCCCGAGAUGAUCGGCAGCGUCGUGGGCGUCUACAACGGCAAGGUCUUCAACGGCAUCGAGGUCAAGCCCGAGAUGGUCGGCCAUUACCUCGGCGAAUUCUCGAUCACGUACAAGCCCGUGCGCCACGGGCGACCGGGCAUCGGCUCGACGAACUCCUCGCGCUUUAUCCCCCUGAAGUAAGGGCCAAACCGUAUAGC